AUGAAGGAGGAAAGCUCGACAAGGAUUCAUCGGGGUUUGCAGGGCGGUACGCCGAGGAUCUAUUCGAACAAAUCUACAAGCACAGCUCCAAGGCAAACCCCCAGACUCGCUUCUUCAAGCGAAAGGGAAGCUACUUCAACAACACUCUUCGCCAGCCUGCCAACGCAACCCGAGAAGGUUGACAAAUGGAUUGCAUGGGAGGCUGUUGCACCAAAUGCGGCAACUCUUAGCAGAAGAUUAUUGGUGAAACAGGAAGAAAAAUGGGUCUACGAAUCAAGGAACACCAAAGACUCAGUAUAA